AUGGAUGUCGUUGAUUUUUUAACUUUCGCUUCAGAACGAUUUUCAAAUCUGCAACAGUUUGCCCACACUGGCCGCGAACUGCUGGCGCGCACUCAGACUUGGCGCAGUUUACCUUCGAAACCACCCUCCAACUGCGAUGUGGUUGUCAUCUUCGGUGAAGACGAGAAUGUGGCCAAAAUCGCCUGGUUGGCUGAUAUCUUAGGAACUCGAGUACCAGAGUUAAUCAUUACUCAGACAUACCACAGCAGAACUCGGACGUAUGCCCUAUAUCUUGCCUGCAGUCACAAAAAGUGA